AUGGCCGACAAGGAAGAGUGGAGGUGGGUGUGCGUUGAUGCGGGCUCGCGGUUGGACGGCGACAGUGACGAAGAGGAGGAAGAGGAAGACGAGGAGUACGACCCCACCCGCGUGGACGAGGACGGUCUGCUCCGUCCGCUCACUCGCUGGGGCCAGACCCUGGCUUGCCUGCCCUCUUCUUCUUCAGUUGCCCUGUCCUUCUUCCUCUACGGCGGAAGGGACGGGCGGUUCGCCGAUGGUUACAUCUACCCUCGCGAAGUGUGGACGUGCAGUCUGAAGGUUGGCGCGGCCGGAGAGCGGUCGGUCGAGUGGCGCUGCGGUCCUCUCGUGGGUGAUGACGACACCGCCACCCCCAAAGGUCGUUUCCUGCAUUCGACGUGCGUGGUUGGGCGAGGCUUGCUGGUGUGGGGCGGCCACGAUGACGAGGACGUGUUCGACGAUCUCCACCUGCUCGACACGGACACGAUGCAGUGGCGCCGGGUGGAGUGUGAGGGCGAGAGCCCUGGCCCUCGCUAUGCGGCCGAGUCCGUGACGCUGGCGGACGACUUGGUGCUGGUUUACGGCGGCAAGGACGACAGCAAGGCCUUCAACGACCUCCACCUGCUGCGCUUUACCUCGGCGGACAAGCAAAGGGCUCAGUGGAGCAAGCUCGCCCCCACGGGACAGGCCCCGACGCCGCGAGAUUGCGGCACUGCGACCUUGCUCAACAAGAAGCUCUACGUGAUCGGCGGAUCAGAUGAGGAGAGAGAGGUCUUCGUGUACGACGUCGGUAACGUGUCCCCCGCCCUAUGA